AUGGCGGAGGCGCGGCCGGGGCCGGCGGCGGGGGCGCAGCUCAACGGGCUGCCCGACCACUCGCCGCUGCUGCAGCCCAGCCUGGCCGAGCUGAGGCGCCGGGCCGGGGAGGCGGGCGCUCGGCCGGCGCGGCGGCCGCUCACCGACGCCUUCCUGCUGCGGUUCCUGCGCGCCCGGGACUUCGAUCUGGACCUGGCCUGGCGGUUACUAAAAAACUACUAUAAGUGGAGAGCAGAAUGUCCAGAAAUCAGUGCAGAUCUCCAUCCUAGAAGCAUUCUUGGCCUUCUGAAGGCCGGCUACGUCGGCGUCCUGAGAGCCCGAGACCUCACUGGCAGCAAAGUUCUGAUUUACAGAAUUGCACACUGGGACCCAAAAGUUUUCACAGCUUAUGAUGUGUUUCGUGUAAGUCUAAUCACAUCCGAGCUUAUUGUACAGGAGGUAGAAACACAACGGAAUGGAAUCAAGGCUGUCUUUGAUUUGGAAGGCUGGCAGUUUUCUCAUGCUUUCCAAAUUACUCCAUCUGUAGCCAAGAAGAUUGCUGCUGUUCUUACAGAUUCCUUUCCAUUAAAAGUUCGUGGUAUCCAUUUGAUAAAUGAGCCAAUAAUUUUCCAUGCUGUCUUUUCCAUGGUUAAACCAUUUCUGACUGAAAAAAUUAAGGAACGGAUUCAUAUGCAUGGGAACAAUUACAAACAAAGGUUACUUCAGCAUUUCCCAGACAUUCUUCCAGUGGAAUACGGUGGUGAAGAAUACUCCAUGGAGGACAUUUGUCAGGAGUGGACAAAUUUUAUAAUGAAGUCUGAAAAUUAUCUCAGCAGCAUUUCACAGACCGUUAAAGGAGAAGAAGUUAUUUAA